AUGGAGACUCGUCGACUCCAAGUUUUGGCGAGUACCAUGGCUGGAAAGACGGUAGAGUUCUCAAUGCACAGCGACGACAGCCUGCUCUACUUACGCCAUCAAGUGAGCCGGAGUCUGGGGGUGUCGACAUGGCAGCUCCGUCUGCUGCUGGACGGCGAGAUCCUGGACAAGAGAGGACGCCUCGAGGACAUGGUGCCCACAGAGGCUCACGAGUUGGAAGUCCUGACGGUGACAGUGCCGCUCCCCUCAGAGGUGGCAUCUCGCAGUGCCAGCCUGUGGUCCCUGCUUCGGCACAGGAUCACACGAGAUGUGCUGUGCCGAAGUCCGGCGAUGAAGCCUGCAGCGAAAGAGCGCAUCUUGCUAGGGGAAGUGGACUUCUUCUACAACGGGGACAACUUGCUGGAGAUGGCUGCACGUAGCCUCCCCCGAAGCGAGGCCAAAGAUCUGGGGUGUCUGCUCUUGGAUGGCGGCGCCGACGUGAACGGCCAGUCCUUAGAUGGCUUCACGCCCCUUCAGACUGCCUGCUGCCGUGGAUUGGUCGGACUGUCAGAACUACUUCUGCAGCGUGGAGCGAACAGGUUCAGAGCAUCGCCUACAGGAGAGGAUGCACUUGACUGUGCGCUCGGCUUCCUUGCGGCUUGCGAUCGUUUCGGCUCCCAGGAGCGGGAGGAGGACGUGGACCUCGCAAAGCUGUGCUGCCGCCUGCGGAACAGCCGCAUCGAGCGUGCCCGCUCCUCUGGCGAGCUUCAAACGGCCCUUGCCAAGGCACGGCUGUGCCUGUCAAGGGUGGCGACUCAGCUGGCACUCCUGGGAGGCAAGUUCGUGAAACUUAGCCAGGAGGAGGUCUUUGAAAAAAGUGGCCUAAACAAGGCCUCGGUUCAGAGCUUCGGGGAGCAUCUCUGGGCUGGCUGGCCCGGUGCCUUCUUGACCUUUGACACUUGGAUCUCAAGGGUACCAGACAUCCAGGAAUCCUUCGCCCAUGCGCGGUCACGGGUGCUUUCUUACCGUCUCAGCCAAAAUAAGCAAACAAUCUGGACCGGCUGUGGCAGCAACCGCAGAGAUCCCUAUUGGCUGUGGGGGGAUUACGGGUAUUACUACUACGAUGAGUGGGGCUGGGUUGAAGGCCUUGAACGAGGCGACUGUGGGCUGUCAAUCGGCGAGUACUACCAGAAGAAGACGCAGAACCGCAAGCGGGACACUGCGAAGGCUAAUACCCGCAGCUGCCGCCGUGUGGCAUUCGAGCCAAGUCGUCGCUACGACUCACACUCUGCACGCUUGGCGCGGCGAAUGCCACGCAGGGAUGUCCAGAUGGCGCGGCGCAAGGAGCGACUACGAGGUGGGCGACGGAAUCUUUCGAAGUUCCAGCUGGUCAGAGAUCAGAUCUGGCAGUAG